ACCCAUAUUGGGUUUAUACAGUCUCAAUUAGGUUUAAAUAAACCUGAAUUAGAUUUACAUAGUUCUGAAUUAGGUUUAAGUGAAUCUGAAUUGGAUUCACAUAGUUUUAAAUUAAGUUUAAGUGAAUCUAACUUGGAUUCACUUAAACCUGAUUUGGAUUCAAAUGAACUAAAUUGGGUUCACUUGAACCAAAUAACCCUGUAUUAG